CGGGGCUCCUGUGCACGGAGCGCGGGCCGUGGGCCGUCCCGGGCCCGCACCCUCCACCCCUCGGGCACCCCCGGCAUGGCCGCGGCUGAGGUGCCCGUGCGCCUUGCGUCCCCACAGACGGAGAAGCACCGGCGGGCCCGCAACUGGACUGACGCCGAGAUGCGCGGCCUCCUGCUCGUCUGGGAGGAGUUCUUCGACGAGCUCAAGCAGACCAAACGCAACGCCAAGGUGUACGAGAAGAUGGCCAGCAAGCUGCUGGAGAUGACCGGCGAGCGCCGGCUGGGCGAGGAGAUCAAGAUCAAGAUCACCAACAUGACCUUCCAGUACAGGAAAUUAAAAUGCAUGACAGAUAGCGAGUCCACCCUGCCCGACUGGCCCUAUUACCUAGCCAUUGAUAGGAUUCUGGCCAAGGUCCCUGAGUGCUGUGAUGGCCAGCUGCCGGACGGCCAGCCGCCGGGGCCCUCCGCGUCCCAGACCGAGGAGUCCCUGUCGCCGUCGGCUAAGUCCACUCCUCUGUACUUACCGUAUAACCAGUGCUCCUACGAAGGCGGCCUCCAGGACGGACGCUCCUCCAGCUCCUCCAGCUUACUGUCCCUUAAGUUCAGGUCGGACGAGCGGCCAGCAAAGAAGCGCAAGGUGCAGAGCUGCCAGCUGCAGAAGAAGAAGCUGCGGCUGCUGGAGGCCAUGCUGGAGGAGCAGCGGCGGCUGGGCCGCGCGGUGGAGGAGACGUGCCGGGAGGUGCGCCGCGUGCUGGACCAGCAGAACCUGCUGCAGGUGCAGGGCCUGCAGCUGCAGGAGCGCAUGAUGAGCCUGCUGGAGAGGCUCGUCGCCAAGGCCAGCGGCUAGGCGGCCCCGAGCCCCUCCUCGGACCUGGGCCAGGGCCCCCCGGGGGUCUCCCCGGGGAGAACGCGCUCCAGUCCACUCUCCACCACAGUCACCGUCGGUG